AUGAUAUCACUGGAGAGAGCCAAGGAGCUUGUGGAACAGAAGCAGUAUGCAGAAGCAGAGCAGGUUUACCUGGGUAUAUUGAACCAGGAGGUUCCUAUGGAUGAGAAGAAGAAGGAUGAGCGUGAGAAGGCUAUCCUUGCGAUGGGCGAUAUGUACGUUGAACAAGGCGACAAGGCCAAGCUAAGGGAAUUCAUACCACAUUCGACGGAGUAUAUGAUGCAGUUUGCUAAGUCCAAGACUGCAAAAGUGUUGAAGACCCUGAUCGAGAAGUUUAGUCUAGUUCCUAAUUCCUUAGAGGACCAGAUAUACGUUUGUAAGCAAAGCAUUGACUUUGCCAAGAGAGAGAAGAGGGUUUUCUUGAAGCACUCUUUGGAGAUCAAGUUGGCUACUUUACAUUACGAGACAAAAGAAUACAAGGAUUCCCUAGCGUUGAUUGAAAACUUAUUGAGAGAAUUCAAGAAAUUGGAUGACAAGCCUUCCCUUGUUGAUGUACACCUGUUGGAAAGCAAAGUUUAUCAUAAACUGAGGAACUUGGCGAAAUCUAAAGCGGCUCUGACUGCUUCGAGGACAGCUGCCAACUCAAUUUACUGCCCAACUGUUACUGUUGCUGAGCUGGAUCUGAUGAGUGGUAUCCUGCACUGUGAAGAUAAGGACUAUAAAACCGCAUACUCCUACUUCUUUGAAAGUUUUGAGAGUUUCCACAACCUCUCCACAAGCAACUCCUACGACAAAGCCUGCCAGGUGCUAAAAUACAUGUUACUAUCAAAGAUCAUGCUCAAUCUAAUAGACGAUGUAAAGAGUAUUUUAAAUGCCAAGUACACAAAAGAGACAUACCAGUCAAGAGGUAUCGAUGCUAUGCGUGCUGUUGCAGAAGCAUACAACAACAGGUCUUUGCACGAAUUUAAUACAGCGCUAAAGCAAUAUAGAACGGAGUUGAUGAGCGACGAAUUGACCAGAUCUCAUUUCAAUGCUUUAUACGAUACGUUACUGGAAUCCAACCUGUGUAAAAUAAUCGAACCAUUUGAAUGUGUUGAAAUCGCUCAUAUUUCCAAGAUGAUAGGACUGGAUGCCCAACAUGUAGAAGGGAAACUAUCUCAAAUGAUUCUAGAUAAGGUAUUUUCCGGUGUCUUAGACCAAGGUAAUGGUUGGCUAUAUAUAUAUGACACUCCACACCAGGAUGCAACAUAUGAUUCCGCUUUAGAAUUAGUUGGCCAACUAAAUAAGGUUGUUGAUCAACUUUUCGACAAAGCGAGCGUCCUUUAUUGA